UUUUAAAUUAUAUAAUAGUUAAGUCCUUAUAGUUUUGUGAUUAUGUCAAAACAGGCCCUUACUGAUGGUCUUUCUAAGGUAUUUCUUAAACCCUGAUAUAUAACUUGCAAUGAUUCCUUUAUGAAAGGGUAAAAUAGUCAAAAUAGUAGCCAGUCCUAUCACACCACCAUUACCAACAGACAGUGCAGAAAGAAGACAAGAAUUAUGCGAAAUUGACAUAUGAUCCAGCCAUUCUUCUCAACUCAGCUAAUGUUCUUGAUCAAUGGAUCAACUCAGCCACUCAAAGCCUUGUUCAUUUUGUCAGACAAGAAAUGGAUGCUUAUCGACUCUAUACUGUUGUUCCUUAUCUGUUGAAGUUCAUUGACAAUUUGACCAAUAUAUACGUAAGAUUUAAUCGUAAGAGACUUAAAGGUCGCACUGGAGAAGAUGACUGCAGAACUGCACUUUCAGCUCUAUACCAUGUGCUUUUAACUUGUUGUAAAGCAAUGGCUCCAUUUACACCCUUCUUCACUGAGAUUCUUUAUCGUAACUUGCGAAAAGUAUCGAAUGGAUCAGAGGAAAGCAUUCACUUUUGCAGUUUCCCUCAAGUAGAAGGAAAGGUACUUUUUUUUUUGCUUAUGAUAGCAUCUUACAUUCUUACUUUCAAAUCAUUUUAUUACAACAUUGUACUUUUAAACUUUUUCUUGAUAAGCCAUUGUACUUUGAAGUUUGAAAAUUCUACCUUAUUAUAA